AUGGCAUCCAAAGGGGACCAAUUGAUGGAGGAGGGUGAGAAGUCACUAAAAAAGUUUUCUCUCUUUUCCUUUGGGGAUGACAAGAGUGAGAAGGCACGCGAAAAAUUUAUUCAAGCUGCUACACAGUUUAAGGCAACUUCAGAUUUUGCAAAGGCUGCCAAUGCAUACAAGCGAGCUGCUGAUAUGUCUGAAAAAAGUAAAAAUGAAAUGGAUAUGAUUAGCGAUCUCGAAGAGGCUGGGAGGUGCUAUGUAAAGGCUAAAGACACAGCUACUGCAGUACGUAUGUAUUCUCGUGUAGUUGACUAUUAUGAUAAGAAUCAGCAGCCAUUCAGGGCAGGAAAGGUCUGUGUCAGUCUCAGUGAAAUUACACCAGUGCCAGAGGCAAUGAAGUGGUUAGAAAAAGCCUCCAAGUAUUAUGAGAGCCAGGGAUCAAAGGUAACAGCCAGCGAAGUUACACUUAAGAUGGCGGAUAUAAAAGCGAGAAGUGGAGAUUAUAAAGGAGCACGUGAAAUAUAUGAACAACUAGCCCGAGCUGCACUAGAUGAUCGAGUUUCACGUGGAGGAGCACGAAAACUCUUUUUUACUGCUCUUUUAGCACAACUUGCUUCUAUAAAAAGUGAAUCUAUUAUGGAAGAUCUUGAGGUGUUGAGAGAUCGUUUUGAGGAAUAUCAGGACCUUGAUACGCAAUUUAAUGAGCUUACCCGUGAACACAUGCUUGUGAAGGCCGUCAUUGAGGCUAUAGAAGAUGAGAACGUUGAGGACAUGGAGAAAGCAGUGAUGGAAUACGACAAUAUAUGUCCCUUGGAUGAAUUAAGGGAAAAUAUGCUUCUACGCGCCAAAACUGAACUUCGUCGUCGUGUUGAAAGUAUUCGUUAG